GCUGCUCAAGCUCUGCCAGCUCUGCUCGGUCGAGACCACAAACGGCGGGAAGAUCCGCUGCAGCUGCAGCACAGGCCCCGCGACCGCGCGCGCAGGGCCGCAACUGGCGCGGGGUGGAGCGACCACCUUCGGCCAGGUUGGAAUCCGAGCGCAUGGACAACUCCAUUGCCGACCAACGCGUCCACCUUCAGAGUGGGCCAGGUCCGUCCAGGGCACAUCACCUGGGCUGUGCAGCAGGCCACAGCACCCAGUAUUCCUGCAGAUCCGAGGUUUGGUGGCAGAUGAGCCCUGGGGCAGACAGGCGCCGCCAGGGCGAUUUCGAGAAAUGCACUUUGCCCUCGCAGCAGCCCAGCUGGGAGAGCGAAUUGGGUUAUGGUGCAGAGGAGGCGAGUGGUCACUGGCCUUCUGGGAGGCCUCGCAAGGCCGGGGAUUUGCCGCCUCUGCCCGGUGCCGAGGGUGGCAAGGCACAGAGCCUGGGGCUCUUCAUGGUGCCGCCGCCGGAGGCCCCUCAGCCCGCAUGGACGAAGAGUUCAACCCAACCUCAAGAAGGUGGUUAA